AUGUGUACAUGUGCACAUUCUGAUUACUUCAUUUUCUCUGAUAUUGGUUCAGACUUGGUGUUGUUUGUAUUAACUUUUACACUUGAUGCUUACAUUGUUACAAAAGAGUGGCAUGUUGUUGUUCGUGUUGACUACAUUCCUUCUCGUGUUGACUUACCUGCUUUAGGCCAUGGGAAAUAUGUUGAACUUGUUAUUCCAUUUCAAUGGAAGCUAUCAUGGCAACCUUCAACAGUAGUUUUGGACUGGCACCUUCUUGCAGAAGAUAUCGUGUACGUGUUCUUGUGCUGCUAUUGUGGAUUCGGGAACAUCCUUGCUUACUGGUCCAACUAUAUGUAUCUCACGUGA